AUGCUUUCAGCUUCCCAAAACAAGAGCUCUCACCAUCUCCGAAGACUAGGUGACGAUGGAUACUUCAAAUCGAAGCCAUCGUACCGGUCUUUCCAACCGGUAUCAAUUCGAUAUCACAAAUCUACAUACCCAAGAUCGGAUGACCGAUCAGACUACGACAUAACAUCCUAUGAUACGGAGUACGGAGGAGUUGUAUCCAAUUUCACGUCUUCCAUCUACGAUGAUAAUCCUCAAUUGUAUCCUAAUCCAGAGUUUGUGGCGCGAAGCAACCAGGUUAUAAGUAAAAACGCAGACAACAAGGUUGAUAUUGAGCCAGAUAUACCUGAUGAUUCCUUAGCUGAUGCAGAUCUCAAAGAACAUAACAUUAUAGAUAGUGUGACGUACUUGUACGGAUUUAACAACUGCCAUGGAGUUAGGAACGAGUGGAUGAUCUUGAUCUUCAUAACAAGCGGUAUAGCUGUAGUUCUACUGAUAAGUGCAGUGAUGUGGCUAAUGUGGAGCGAGUAUGCAGCUGAAUUCCGUCGCAACAGCAAGUUGUAUCCUAUCAACAUUAAUCUGUGUUGCUGUUUGGCCGCUUGCACCAUUAUCUACAUACAGGCUGUGAUGGGCGUAUCAUCUCCCUCUCAGUGUGAGAGAAUAGCCCUCCUCCUGCAUUACACGCAUGUCUCUUGUGCUAUGUGGAUAGUAGCACUCGCGGCGGCGGUAGCAGAGUAUUGUGCUUGUGACACUCUCUUGCCACUAAAGUACAAUUACUUGCUGGCCUAUGGAGUACCUGCUGUGGUUGUCAUGUUCAACUACGCUCUCUCUAUGGAACACUACGAAAUAAAACACUACUGCUGGAUGUCAAUUGAAAAGGGCAUGGUUAUGGGCUUCAUGGUACCAGCAAUGAUUCUCAUCCUAAUAAACACAGCAAUCAUUAUCUUAGGCCUACAAAGCGUAAACAAAAAGCAGGCGGAAACGUUAACAGCAAAAAUACAAGAGUUGGUGGACCACCAUAUAGCUAAUUGGCCAAAAACUGAUGGUCAAAUGGAUGACAAAAAUGGAAGUAUUGACACGUUAGAUAAUAUCUACACUCCAGGAAGUAGUAGGAAGAAUACGGAUAGUUCCGAAACCCUCGAUAAAGAUUAUAAUGGAAGUGAAGACGAUUGUCAUUACGUGAACAUCGCAAUACCUGGCGAAAAUGGCGAAACAGGUAGUGAGCCCAACCUAGCACAAGCGGCAAAGGCAAUGCACGAUAAGAGCCUCCUAAACAUGCUUUACAUGGACAAUAUAUCCUGGAAAUGGACUUGGAACACCGAAGGCAAUGAGCUGAAGACAUAUCUUAACUUAUGUCUUGUAUUAGAACCGUUCUUUGCCAUCAACUGGGUCAUGGGAGUCGUAGCUAUUGAGAAUGCGGCCCAUUGGUCUACUCCAACGAUUUAUUUGAUACUUGUCGUUGUUAUGUACAUUUACCUAACUACGACAAUAUGUACUACGUUGCCGAUCGUGCGUCCGAAGACCACAGCCCCGUGCUGCGAGGCCGUUAUUAGUGAACCAACGCUUACCAGAAACAGGACUACUGACAGUAUUCCCUUACUGGACCCAACAAUCCAGCAGCCAAUUGUGACACCAGCGCCAGCGGACACUAUAAGUACUAUCAGCAUUUAA